AUGGUCAGCAAAUUCCUAUCCGCGGCUGGAAUACCUCUCGCGGCAGGGGGCGAGGAGAAGAAAUUCCGCUACGACUUCUCUGAGGCGGGUGGCUUCCCGCAGCCUCUGAAGUUCGACGACAAGCGCGAAGAACGCGAGUACCUCAAGGGCCGUUUGACCGCCGCCUUUCGUAUCUUUGCAAAGUAUGGUCUGAAUGAGGGCGUCGCUGGCCACAUCACCCUCCGCGACCCUGUCGAGCCCGACACGUUCUGGGUGAACCCUCUCGGCCUCUCGUGGCCUCUCAUUAAGCGCUCCGAUCUCGUACGUCUCGACGACACGGGCAAAGUUAUCGACCACGGACCGAGCAAGCUCGUCAAUCAGUCUGCUUUUCUUAUCCACGCUGCCGUGCAUCGUGCACGCCCGGAUGUCAUCUGCGCCGCGCAUGCGCACUCCUUCUACGCCAGGACCUUUUCCAGUCUCGGGCUGCCGCUAGCAUUCAUCUCCCAGGACGCGUGCACCUUCUACAACGAUAUCGCGCUGUAUGAUCAGUUCGACGGCAUCGUCCUAGGUGGCACCGAGGGCAAUGUCAUCGCCGAAGCCCUCGGCGGCAAAAAGGCUGCCAUCCUGCGCAACCACGGCCUGUUGACUGCCGGGGCCUCCAUCGAGGCUGCUGUCUAUUGGUUCGUCACCCUCGAGAGCCUCUGCCACUCGCAGCUCAUUGCUAUGGCCGCGUGUGCCCACCCUGGCACCACGCUCAAGGAAGUCGGCCACGCGGAGGCGCAAGAGACGUUCGAGACGCUUGGCCAGCACGCCACCGCCUGGUUCUCUGCCAAGCCUAUGUUUGACCUGAUUGCUCACGAGACGAGGGAGGAUUACCUGGGCUAG